AUGCUGACAAUGGAGCACGGUCCAAUGGGCGCCGGCCCCGCCUCCUCCGGCCCCGCCCCUCUGGUCCUACUGACUCCGCUCACUCUAGUCCCACAUCCGUGCGCCCCGCCCACACCGUGGUGGCCCCGCCCACGGAUUGCAGACCCCGCCUAUGGCGCCUUAGGCCCCGCCUCCUCCGCUGUAGGCCCCGCCUCCGUCGCCGCGCCUCCGCCCCCCAGCUCCCGUUGGAGGCCGCGCCCCUCGAGUGCCAUCUGUCGGUUGGCACUAGCGUCCUCGAGCGGAAAGGGGCGGCGCGGAGGCUUCUGGGAGGGGGAGAGGGGAGGGGGGAGGCUGAGGCUGGACCCGAGCUGGGAGGCCAGCGAAGCCCGCGGGCUGGGUCCCGGCGGCGGCCACCUUGCACGGACCUCGCGGGCAGCCCCGCAGGCUUGUGCACCGGGGAGUUUUGAGACCCUGUGCUUUGCUGUCCGUGACACAUGCUGGGAGGAGGCUCUCUGCUGGAGAUCCCAGGGUACACAGGAACAAGAAAAGAUUGUGAUGCUGGAACCAAAUGAAGAUCAGUCUUGGGAGUAUGAAACCAGGCUACCUGGGAACCCCUCUACCAGUCAGGAAGUCUUUCGCCAGCGCUUUAGGCAGCUCUGCUACCAGGAGCCUCCAGGUCCCGGGGAGGCCCUGAGCCAGCUGUGGGUACUCUGUUGUGAUUGGCUGAGGCCAGAGAGACACACCAAGGAGCAGAUCCUGGAGCUACUGGUGCUAGAACAAUUCCUUGCCAUCCUGCCCGAGGAUCUGCAGUCCUGGGUGCAGGAACAUCACCCUAAGAGUGGAUAGGAGGCUGUGACUGCGCUGGAGGACUUAAAGAAAGGACUUGAACCAGGUCGGCAGGUGGGGAAGGGGCAUUGGAUCUGUGGUGGGAGCCAGAUCAACGAGCUGCAGGCUGGACAGAGGGGCAACAAUAGAGGGAGUUGCCAAGAACAGGUAUACUGCAGUUUUCCAUCAGUUGUUACAGUGGAUGGCCCAGAACCCAAAGAAGCAGGAUUAUUGCCACAGCCACCAGUUACAAAAGUAGAAUCACAGGUGCUCUCAGAAAUACUUGCCACUGACAUCUCAACAGUUAAAGUUACCUGGGAAAUAGAGACCACCUUAAAACAACAGCAGAGAAGUACCAGAGCAGAGAGACCAAAGCGGUCCUCUGCUCAGAGAGAAAGUUCCAGACUGAUGGUGGUCACGCCUAAGAAAACUCUCAUGGGGAAUAAAGACUAUGAAGGCAGUAAAUGUGGGGAAGCCUUCAUUUAUAGCUCUCUUCUUGCAGUCUACCAGAGAAUCCAGUCUGGAGAGAAACCCUUUCAGUGCAGUGACUGUGGGAAAACUUUCCAUCACAGAUCAAACUUCAUCCAGCACCAGAGAAUUCAUACAGGAGAGAAACCCUAUAAAUGUAAGGAAUGUGGGAAGGCCUUCAGGUUGGGUACCCAUCUUGUUAAACACUGGAGGACUCAUUCAGGAGAGAAACCCUACAGGUGUGGUGAGUGUGGGAAGGCCUUCAGCCAAAGCUGGUAUCUAAGUCAGCAUCUGAAUGUUCACAGUGGAGAGAAGCCUUUUCGAUAUAGAGAAUGUGGCAAGGCUUACCAGUGGAAUUCAAUGCUUUUGAGACAUCGCAGAGUUCAUGCUAGCAGAGAGUUUCCGCAAUGUGCUGAAGAUGGCAGAGCCUCCAGACAGACUUGUACUUUUGUCUAG